AUGCAAUGUUUCUCUGGAGGGAUCUCUGGCGACACGUUCAAAAUUGUCUUUCCAAACCAGUGGAAGAUCCGGCAGAGCCAGGAAGAACUCGGGUCUUGUCUUUGGCAACAAGGUCUAAUACAGCUCUCUGUCAACAAAUAUCACAGGGUGUUUGGAAGCUGUUAACUGUGAUGAAAGACGAUGACAUCUCUGCUGCUGUGCGGAGUGACUUUUGCAUUCUUCAGCUGGCCCAGUCAUUUUUCAAUAAACAUGGACAGGAUCCCACCAAAUAUGACUAUACUCAACAGAAGCUCCGGGAAGUUGGAAGACUUCUGCUGAUUCUGAGAAAAUAAUUUUCAGUACAGACUCUUGAAGAUGCUGUAAGACCUGCAAAUUUUAAUGUGGUUAUCCAGGCUGUCAAGAGGGUAUCUGGGUUUGAUGAUGAAAAACACUCAUACCAGACUCCAAGCCUUGCCCUCAAGUUGGGCCACUCUCUGAAUAAGAUAUGUGACAUUAUACAUUGCAGAGCUCUAAUGGCAGAAGACAGUGAGGGGAUAAAGUCAACCCAGACAUUCAAAAAGCUGUAUGAUGCAAAGUGGUCUGAACUUGUUUCUCACACAGCUUUGACCACCUUGAAUGAGGGGCACUUUAACAAGCCGUCCACCCUCCCUUUCACACAACGAAUGGAUGUAGAACGUCUUCACCAGCAUCUUGAAAAGGUUGCCGAUUUAGCCUCUGAGAACUUGAAACAGAUGCCAUCAGCACAAGUCUAUGGAGAACUUUGCAAAGCAACUCUAGAAAAAAUCAUACUGUUUAACCGACGAGGUGGAGGAGAGGUUGCAAAGAUGCAACUAAAAGGUUUUCUAGAGAGGGACACAGCUGCCCUACAUAAAGAUGUUGCUGUUGAGCUAACAAAGUUUGAACAGAAACUUUGUGCACAUUUCAGUCGGGUGGAAAUUAGGGGGCAAAAAGUUGCAGUCUUGUUAUCGCCAGACAUGGCUGAUGCCUUAACACACCUCAUAAGCAGAAGAACAGAGUGUGGAUUCCCAGAAGAAAACACAUUCCUGUUUGCAAGACCCAACUGUUUGACUCCAUAUCGAGGACAAGACCGUCUGAGAAUUUAUGCAAAUGAGUGUGGUGUGCAAAACCCUGAACUCUUCCGGUCGACACAGUUACGCAAACAUGUUGCAACUUUGUCACAGGUUCUAAACCUCAAAAACCAUGAGUUGGACCAAGUUGCUGACUUUUUGGGCCACGAUAUUCGUGUCCACAGAGAGUAUUACAGGCUUCCGGAGGCUACAACCCUGGAACCCAAAAUAUCUAAACUACUGCUUGCCAUGGAGAAAGGUUCACUUACAAAUCUUCAGGGCAAAACACUAGAAGAGAUUGAAAUUGAAG